UAAGGCAAUACAGAAAAAUGGCAUGAAAAAGCCAUUGUAGAUCAAAGCCAUUGUAGAUCAGACAUUUAUGUGCAUGUGGUGUGCUUUAGUUGAAAUAGUUCAAUGUAACCUUUUGCCUUUUAACUGCUUACGCUGGUUUUACAUCUGAUAGGACACGCAUUGCAUUCAAAACUUUUGGUGGAAAUAACAAAAUAAUUCCUAGAAUAUGUUUAAUUUUAUGUAGCUACUUGCAAGUGUGCAUGUGUGUCACAUGCGUCUAUUUUUAUGAGGCAUUGUAUAACUAAUCCUAUUAUAAAUAGACUCACAUUCUGAAUGUAUCUUUAGAGAAUGAUUCAAAUCAGUAAUGAAACGUAAAUAAAACUGCUUCGUGUCUGUGUGAAGCUAUUCCUUGUCUAUUGUUCUCUCUCGCUCUCUCUCUCUCUCUCUCUCUCUCUCUCUCUCUCUCUCUCUCUCUCUUUCCAAAACAGUAAGCAGGUGAAGGGCAGUGUGUGAAAGAGGGAGGAGAAUGACAGGAAGAGACAGCAGGUGAGGACGAGCAGAACAUAACACAAACUGACAGAAGAAAGAGAAACUGAGUUUGGUAAGCGUUUGAAGACAUUGCGGAUUCUCCUAAUUGUGAGAUGCUUGUGACUGUGUUACUUAUUGCCUCAGGGAUACUGACAGGUCAUCUGAUGUAUGGCCUCCCUAAGCAGAGUAAAGCGAGAUACCCCAGAGACUGUCCAAAUAUGUGCCCACCAGGACAAUGCCUGUUACCCUGUAGGUGCACUCCAUGUCGCUCUGGUUUCUACACCAGUGAGGAGAACAGAGAAGACAGCUGUCACCGCUGCUUCCAGACCUGCAAACCUGAGUUCAAUAUGGAGGUGGUGGAGGAGUGCAAGAGCACAUCAGAUGUGAAGUGUCGCUGUCAGGAUGGUUUUACAUGUACAGAGCAUGACCAGUACACAGGCCACUGCAAACAGUGUGAUCCAAUCACAUCACCCACCCCAAGCCUGGUCUAUACAAGCCGGGUCUAUACCUCCACUGCCACCACUUUAUUCCCUCGCACACAAAAGCCCUCAAACUGGUCAGGUGAAAAUGGAGUAUUGGUUUGGAUUAUUUUUGGAUUCAUGUUAACAAUGCUAUCCAUCAUCAUUGUAACAGUCCUCUUCCGGAUCUGCAGAAAGAAAGAGAAAGAAUGUUUUAAGCAAUUUGUCCGGCGAUGCUCAUUGGGCAAUCUAGAGGUGGAUAGUGAGACCACCCUUCCUACAAACAGCCAGUCAUAUGCCCAGGAGAUGCCAUCACAUGAAAGUACACCCACUAAUAAGAAAACAGACUGCUCUUUCCAUCAGCCAACCGUCUCGGACCAGGCGGUGCCUCCAUCUGGCAAUUUAGAAAAUGGAAACAGGACAAAAUAACAAAAAAUGUUUGCAGAUCUUGUAUUCUGAAUAAAAUCUUGAAUAAGUUCAUAUUCAUGUUUAAACAAUACCACUGUAUUUACAUGCAUUAAUUAGUUAAAAAAUAAAUGUAUGAUGGAAUAAGCCAGAUUUUUUCCACAACUUUCAUGUGUCUUUGCAUAUUCUGUGUUUCACAUUGCUGUUGCGUGACUUUCCUGGGGUUUGUUUCUGUUUAAAUUCAACACACACUGGACUGGAAUUGACACGAUCCAUGCAGAAAUGCUGCUUAAAGGCAAAACUGGAGUGAAUUUCCGCAAUUAUUUUUAAUAUAUGAUAAUCAGGCAUAUAUCUAACUUGCAAGUCAUUUUUUAAAGGGGUCAUAUGGCACGAAUACGUGUUUUUCUGUGUCUUUGGUGCGUUAAAAGUUGCCCAAGCAUGUAUUAGACACGUAAAAUUGCAUAAAUUAAAGUGUCGGAAUAAAAGAUGCAUUCUAUCUAAAAGCGAAUGCUCACCCAGACCUGCCUGAAACGCCUCGUGUAACCACACUCCCCACAGAUCUACGUCAGUUCGUGGUAUGAUUUGACUAAGACCGCCCAAAUGUAUACGCAAGUAAGCAGUGUUGGGUAAGUUACUCUGAAAAAGUAAUUAAUUACUAGUUACUAAUUACACAUUAAUAUAAUUAUAUGUAAUUAGAUUAUGUAAUUAGAUUACCGUACAAGUUACUCUCUUCAAAAAGUAUUUAAUUACUAAUUACUAAUUACUUUCUAUAUCCUACAUCAACCUUGAUGAGUUAAGUGAUUCAAGGAUAGACAUGAAACGGCUCUUUUAAUUCAUUCAAAUAAAUAAUAUAAAACUACAUAAAGUAUUAUUAUGAAUUAUAAAUGUGAGAAUUAUACAUUAAAGCACGGAUUUUAAAGUUAGACUUUGAAUUUUGAUGUCAAUUCCACUUCUGCACACACACAUACAGUAUUACACAAAGUAUUUAGUUUAAUUACAUCAGAAGUAACUGUAAUUAAAUUACAGAAAAAAUAAGAGUAAUCCCUUACUUUUGCUUUUUCAAGGGAAAAGUAAUUAAAUUACAGUAACUAAUUACUUAGUAACUAGUUACACCCAACACUGUCAUCACAAUUGCUUUGGAACCUGAUGUUCCAAAUAUGGUAAGAAGCGUUACAUUUCCAUCACACGAUUGCAGUAUUCGACCAAUCACUACGCACUGGUUAACUGGCCAAUGAUAGCACACCUUGCUGUUCACAGCGAUGAGCAUUGUAAAAAAUCACAUACCUUGGAAUGUCAUUACUGGCUAAUCAGAAUCAAGUAUUCUGACCAUUGUGUACUAAAGAUUAACAUCAACCUGUAUGCAAUAUCAUUUAACAUAAAGUCUUCAGAUAAUAUUAAAUCAAAUCAACUUCUCUCUUUG